CCUCCGACCGUUCGUGUCGACCGGUCUCACCCUGUUUCCGCCUGUCGGCCCUACGGUCCAGCAGACGCCGACACGCUUCUCACGAUUUGAUCCCGCAUUUGCUCAAAACUUCAAAAAAGCUCAAUCAAACUCCCAAUUCCCUCUCGUCCUUCUCUCUCAUGAGCUUCUUCUCUUCCCGACCCAUCGCCCGACGCCCCCGCAUCUCCAGCUUCCCGUCGACCCGCCGGGCCACUCCCAAUCUCUCCUCCUACGCGCUCCGCCACACCCGCGAAAGCCCGACCGGGGAGCCACCGUCCGACCUCGAGAUCGUCGUGUCCAGAGUCCGCGCCGGCAGCAGCGAGCACGAAGUCCUCCGGUCCCUCGAGCGCGACCCCUCCUGCGCCUCCAUCGAGGUCUCCCAUGGCCUCGUCGAGAAGCUGCUCGAUCGGUUCCGGGACGACUGGAAGUCCGCCCUCGGCGUGCUCCGGUGGGCCGGGCCGCGCGUCGAAUCCGGCCGCGUCUCGCCGGAGGCGUACGACGCGGUCGUCGACAUCCUCGGUAAGAACCGGAGGAUGGAUAGGAUGAGGGAGGUUUUGGAGGAGAUGAGCCGGAGCAAGCUCGUGAGGCUCAGUACGGUAGGGAAGGUGAUGAGGAGAUUUGCUGGUGCGGGUUUGUGGGAAGAAGCGGUCAAGGUGUUUGAUGAAUUGGGGGACUUCGGUCUGGAGAAGAACACCGAGGCCAUGAACUUGUUGCUGGACACGCUCUGCAAGGAGCGUAGGGUAGAGCAGGCACGCUCGAUUAUGCUGCAGCUCAAGCCUCACGUUUUGCCCGAUGCGCACACGUUCAAUAUUUUGAUCUUCGGUUGGUGUAAGAUUAAUAGGGUCGACGAGGCGCAGUGGACCAUGCAGGAAAUGAAGGGCCACGGGGUUCGGCCUUGUGUCAUUAGCUACUCAACGAUCGUGCAGUUUUACUGUCGUCAGGGCAAUUUCAAUAAGGUCUAUCAACUGUUCGAUGAAAUGCGGGGUGAGGGGCGCCCGCCGAAUGUGGUCACUUACACUACGGUCAUGCAUUAUUUGGCAAAGUCGGAGGAGUUUGAUGAAGCGCUGCAAUUAGCCGAGCGGAUGAAAUUGGAUGGGUGCGAGCCGGAUACGCUCUUCUACAAUUGCUUGAUCCAUGUACUCGCGAGAGCUGGGCGAGUUCGAGAUGCCGUGGAUGUUUUUGAGGUGGAGAUGCCUGCUCGUGGCGUAAGACCAAACACGCCUACCUACAACACCAUGAUUUCAAUGUUUUGUCAUCAUGGUCACGUUCAGAAGGCGAUGGAUCUCCUAAAAGAUAUGGAAGAUUCAAACUUUGCCGAACCUGAUGUUCAGACGUACUAUCCCUUGCUGAAGUCUUGCUUUAAAUCUGGAAAAACUGACGGCUUUUUGAGCAGAUUGUUGGACGACAUGGUCAACAAGCAUCACCUCAGUCUGGAUGUCUCGGCAUACACACUUCUAAUUCAUGGGUUAUGUAGGGCGGACAAAGCUGAUUGGGCUUACCUUCUGUUUGACGAGAUGGUUGGUCAAGACAUAACUCCAAGGUAUCAGACAUGUCGUUUGCUGCUGGAUGAAGUGAAACAGAAGAACAUGUAUGAUGCCGCUGAGAGGAUUGAGGAUUUCAUGAAGAAAUUGUGAGCACAAGGCGCUGGAAGCCUUGUUUUGAUGCUGACGUCGAUAACCAAAAUGUUGCUCAACAAUCACAGGCUGUUAGGACAGCAUAGGACACUUGUGGCCGGUGGAGGAUGAUGGACAGCUAGAGGGCAGAAUUUGUUAUCUGCCUGCGGCAAGAAAAAUCCAUCAUCAUCAAUGGAGUUUCUGGGUAGAGCAAGCGCUGUUUUUGCUCACCACCUAGUCUUGUUGACGAAUUCAAUGAAAAUCCUGAAUGAAGAAGGGGAUUGCAACGAACACCCGAUGCAACAUCGUGCCACGUACGUGCAUGAAGCAGACAAACACAUGGACUUGGACACUAGUCGAGCCUUAUACUAUGGGAUUAGGGUUGGAGCUUGUUCUUUCAGUGGAAAGAUAGAUUGAUGGGUACUUCACAGAUCUGGCUGGGGAUCAGAUCAAGCAGAGACCCAAACAUAGUAAUAUGCAAUUUGUCCAUGCAACGAGUAAAGCGCAUAGGCUCAGCUUGUGCCGGCAUGACUCGGGGCGGUGCCUUUUGCUGGUGCUGUUGGGAAAGAAGAGUGGGUGGCAUUGGGAAGGAUGGAAUGGUUCAUCUAACUCAACUGGUGAUUGCGAGCCAAACUCUGCAUGGGAUUCUUCUUACGAGGUUGACGACUCUCCCGUGAUUCCCUCAAACUUUAUCCAAAUCCUAGUCCCAAGUAAGGCCGAGAGAGAAUCCACAUCUCGUGAUCCAAAGCACGACCCAACAACGGACAUCCUAAUCACUUGGGCCCCACGGUAGGGCCUCGCACAUUCUUCCUCGUCUUCGACAUUCCCAUGUGCUCGAUGGUCCACUUCCGUGAUCAUUAUCCUUAAUCGCUUCUUUGGACGUGGGACUGAACCACCAGAUUGUCAUCUUCCCCCUGGAAUCUUUACUACUUAGGAGGUCGCCGCAAGAAUCGCCGAACCCGGUCACGAGUACAUGUCUUUCGAUGUGACUAGAAAUCUGUCUGAAACUCGACGUGGGUUUUCAGUUGAUUCGUAAUUGAAGCGGGGAAGAAAAGA